CUGGGAGCUGUCGACCUCUUCCCGGCGGCUGGCUUCUUUCAUCCCGAGUCGCUCUGACGUUCCCCCCUGGCCUGAGGUGCGCUUCCAGAGGGCCUCCGUAGCCAUUUUGGCUCAAGCAGUUUUGACACGAUCCGUGUGGUUUGCACGCGCCUCCAUCCACAGCCAUGGGACGCGGCAGCCGCAGUCCUAGCAGAGGCCGCGGCAGGGACGACGACCGCAGCCGCAGCAGGGAGCGCAGCCGCAGCAGGAGCCGCAGCGAGGAGAGGGGCGGCCGGAACAAGAAGCCCGACGACUACGGCGUGGAGACGAUCAAGAUCACGGACGACGACGCGGCCUUCAUCCUGGGCAAGGGCGGCAAGACGAAGGAGAAGAUCGCCCGCGUGGCGGACUGCGAGAUCGAGCUCUUCGAGCGCGACCUGAUCCUGGAGUUCCGCGGCUCGAAGAUGCAGCGCCGGAGGGGCAAGAAGUAUGCGGAGGGGGUCAUGGCGCAGCGCACUGGGCCGGUCACGGUCACUGACGACUACGACGACGCCGACCUGACCAUGCUUAUGGUGCCCCAGGAGGCCGUCGGGUUUGUGACCGGGCGCGCGGGCAAUUUCCUCCGCACCAUCGAGGAGGAGUGGUGCGUGCUGAUGUUCUUUUGCGAGGUCGGCGGCAAGGGGGGCCGUGGCAAGGACUACGAGAAGCUCGCCAUCUUCGGGCAGGUGGAGGGCCGCCGCGGUGCAGAGCUCAAGGUCCUCAGCGCUGUGGAGACGAAGGUGCCCGGCAAUUUUGAGAGGAUCCGGGACGAGGUGCUGAAGCGGGACAUCGGGAAGGACGGGACGGGCACGUGGGGCACAGACACCAUGACGUUCCAGGACGACGAGCUCUCGUACGCCCUCGGGAAGCAGGGCGGCACCCGCAAGAAGCUCGCGAGGUCGUCCGGGGCGAUCGUGCAGUACGUCGGCCACACCGCCCUGUUCUCGGGCGCCAAGAAGGAGAGGCGCAAGGGGAAGGAGUACAUCAAGUGGCUAUUCCUGCAGCUCGAGGGCCCCGUGUACGUGGACGACUGGGAGGGCCGCGACGACUGCACGGUCCUCGACAUCCCGGGCGACUGCAUCGGCUACAUCACGGGUGCCCGCCGCGCCACGCUCGGCGCCUUGGAGGAGGAGUGGGGCGUGCUGAUGUUCUUCAUGAGCAAGGGCGGGGACAAGGGCAGCGGCAAGCGAGGCGGCGGGUCCGAGAUGCUCAUCAUCUGCGGCCCAGAGCGUGGGCGCCGAGGGGCGGAGCUCAAGGUGAUGAGCGGCAUCGAGAACAAGAAUCCGGGGCACUUCACCAAGGGCAUCCGGGAGAAGACCUCGGAUCGCCGCGGCUUCGAUACGGACAGGUUCGUCUUCAAGGACGACGAGCUCAGCUACUCCCUCGGCAAGCAGGGCUCCACGCGCAAGAAGCUCGAGCGGGCGUCCGGGGCGAUCCUGGAGUAUGUCGGUCACGUGGCAUUCGUCGCGGGGGACCUCAAGCAGCGCAAGCGCUGCAAGGAGUUCAUCAACUGGCUCCUGCAGCAGCGGAAGGGCAGCGUCUGCAUCCGCGACGUGUCCGAGCGCGAGGACGCCACGGAGAUCCACGUUCCCGAGAACUGCAAGGGCUGGGUCACUGGCAACCGCGGCAGCGAGCUCCGGCGGAUGGAGGAGGAGACCCAGACGUACAUGUUCAUGGCGGUGGACGAGCGGGGCGACGAGCGCCUCAUCAUCUUCUGCCACGACGCCGGCACCAAGACCGGGAGCACGGGGCGCAUGGCGGCGGAGCGCCUCGUGAACGAGCUCAUCCAGGAGAAGCUCCGGGACGACGGCGGCGGCGGCCGCGGGCGCUCCGACAGCCGUGGCCGCUCCCCGUCGCGGCGCAGGGACUCCAGGAGC